AUGUCGGAGAUCGCAAAGUUUUAUAAUAAAGUCAUUGAUGAAGUUAUUGAGGGAGUCAGGGAUGCAUUUAUUCAGGAUGGAGUUGACUUAGAUGUUCUUGAACAGCUUAAAAAACUCUGGAUUAGUAAAUUUGCCGAUACCCAUGUAACGGAUCCAGAACCUGUAGCGCAGCCAGCUUCUCAUUAUGCUCGUGUCUUGGGUCCGCAGUUGACUUCUGUUAGUCCAGUCCCUAUUGCCCGAAUGCCACUCCAACUUCCAGUUCCAGGUAGUUUAAGAAACUUGGCUCCAGUAGCGCGUCCAAAUGCGCCUUUGCCAACCGUGCCUGUUGCAUCUAAUGCGACUCAACAAACUGGCUUAGUAGUGUCUCCUGCUCAUCAGCAAAGGCCAGCGAUCGUUUUAGCUUCUGCUCUUAACACUCAAUCUUCGAAUUCUCAAACCACUUUUGCGAAUAUUGCAUUUAGACCCCAACCAGCUGCUUCGGGACAGCAAACCGCCAUUAUUGGGCAACCAACUUUGGCCGGAGUCAACGGCAUGACUGCUUUUCCCAGUCAAUUGGAAGCAACCGUGGAAACGGUGGCAACAAAAACGUCUCGAAGGAAGCAAAAGAAACCACUUCGAGGAGGGGGCCAUGAAGAUGAGCACAUUCCAGACCAUUCUCUGGCGACCAAGCUAGAUGAUGAAUUGCCUCCACCGCCCCCUGAAGAACCAGAAGACGGAGCAGAAGGCGAUGAAGAAGAUGAGGACGAGCCACUCAAUUCCGAGGAUGAUGUUAGUGAUGAAGAUGCCGAUCUCAUAUUUCGCUCCGAAGAUCUUGUUGUUUGUCAAUAUGAACGCUUCACUCGAGCCCGCAGUAGGUGGCGUUUCUGGUUACGCGACGGAAUUAUGAAGAUCAAGGGGCGAGAACAAGUCUUUCAAAGACUCUUGGUGGAAGCCGAUUGGAUGUAUAAUUCGCAACAACAUCGUGCGACAACCUAG